AGAGCUGGCCCUGGCGGUGCGGGUGCUGCUCUACUUGGUCAUCUUCCUGCUGAGCCUGUGUGGGAACGCCCUGGUCAUCGCGGUGCUGGCAGGGAACAAGCGCCUGAGGACCAUCACCAACUCCUUCCUGCUCUCGCUGGCGCUGAGUGACCUGAUGGUGGCGCUCUUCUGCCUGCCCUUCACCUUCAUCCCCAACCUGAUGGAAGACUUCGUCUUCGGGAGGGUCGUCUGCAAGGCCGUGGCCUACCUGAUGGGGGUGUCGGUGAGCGUCUCCACCUUCAGCCUGGUGGCCAUCGCCAUUGAGCGCUACAGCGCCAUCUGCAGGCCCUUGCAGUCCCGUGUGUGGCAGACCCGCUCCCAUGCCUACCGGGUCAUCGCCGCCACCUGGGUGCUCUCGGCGCUGCUGAUGCUGCCCUACCCGGUUUACAGCACCACCCAGACGGAGCCCAUCCACCCCCACCGCACCCAGUGCAUCCACAACUGGCCCGGACACAUCAGACAGGCCUGGUACCUCCUGCUGCUCAUCACCCUCUUCCUUGUCCCGGGGCUGGUCAUGAUCCUGGCUUAUGGAUUGAUCUCCUCUGAGCUCUACAGGGGGAUCCAGUUUGAGAUGGGUCUCUCCCGUGAGGCCAAAGGUCAGCAGAAUGGGGCCACCGCGGAGCUCCUGGCUUCUUGCGACGAGGGCGACGGCUGCUACGUCCAGGUGCCCCGGCCCACCGAGAGCCCAAUGGAGCUGCCAGCCUUGAGCCCGGAGGACGGCGCCAAGCGGAAGCGGGCACGCGUCAACAGCUCAGAGUCCAAGCUGCUGGCCAAGAAGCGGGUCAUCCGGAUGCUGGUGGUGAUUGUGGCGGUCUUCUUUGGGUGCUGGCUGCCCAUCUACGUGGUCAACACCUGGAAGGCCUUCGACCCCAAUGCCGCCCAGCGCACCCUCUCGGGCACCCCCAUCUCCUUCAUCCACCUGCUCUGCUACUGCUCCACCUGCGUCAACCCCUUCAUCUACUGCUUCGCCAACAAGCGCUUCCGCCAGGCCUUCGCCACCACCUUCGCCUGCCGCGCCACGCCCUGCUGGUCCCGACCACCCCAUGCCCCCGAGGAGGAGGUCACCGCCACCGGCGCCUCCUUCUCCAAGAUCAGCUACACCACCGUCAGCAGCAUAGCCCUCCCCGAGCACUGA